GUGGUUGCUAGGGCGGGAGGUCACAGAGCGCAGCUCAGGGAUUGGGCAGCGUCGAGGGAGGUGGGUGGUGAUUGGGCGGCGCCCAGGAGGCGCCCUGGUGAGGCGCGGACUUGCGAGCGUGAGUUCCGGCGAGAGGCCCGAGCUGAGGGCCCGCGGCUUCACGAUGGCCUCGGCCCAGCUGGACUACACCAUCGAGAUCCCGGAUCAGUCCUGCCGGAGCCAGGAGGACAGCCCCAACCAAGGUGGGAAGGAGGCAGGGACUCGACAGCCUUUGGUGAUUCUCUUGGGCUGGGGUGGCUGCAGUGACAAGAACCUGGCCAAGUACAGCGCCAUCUACCACAAAAGGGGCUGCAUCGUGAUCCGAUACACAGCCCCUUGGCACAUGGUCUUCUUCUCCGAGUCCCUGGGCAUCCCUUCCCUUCGUGUCUUGGCCCAGAAGCUGCUGGAGCUGCUCUUUGAUUAUGAGGUCGAGAAGGAGCCCCUGCUCUUCCACGUCUUCAGCAACGCCGGCGUCAUGCUGUACCGGCACGUGCUGGAGCUCCUGCAGACCCAGCGGCGCUUCUGCCACCUGCGGGUGGUGGGCACCAUCUUCGACAGCGGUCCAGGUGACAGCAACGUGCUGGGGGCUCUGCGGGCCCUGGCAGCCGUCCUGGGGCACCGGCCCGCCGCGCUGCGCCUCCUGCUCCUCGCGGCCUUCGCCCUGGUGGCCAUCCUGGUCCACGGCCUGCUGGCUCCGCUCACGGCCCUCUUCCACACCCACUUCUACGACAGGCUGCUCAACGCAGCCUCUCGCUGGCCCGAGCUCUACCUCUACUCAAGGGCCGAUGAGGUGGUCCUGGCCAGGGAUGUGGAGCGCAUGGUGGAGGCACGCCUGGCACACCGGGUCCUGGUGCGCUCCGUGGACUUCGUGUCGUCCGCACACGUCAGCCACCUCCGCGACUACCCCACCUACUACACCAGCCUGUGCGUCAACUUCAUGCGCAGCUGUGUCCACGGCUGAGGUCGCUGCCCCACCCGCCUCACCCCCGCUCCGGAAAUGAAUGCCCGACACCCCCCCCCCCCACGGCCCGCCUCCGAGGGCGGGGCCUCUUCCGGUUCAACUCCCGGCGGCCCUCUGGGACCCCGCGGUGGUCCCGUAGACAGCUCCGCUGGGCCUCUGUGCCAGCUUAUCCCAGGAUCCCAGGGGCAGGAGCGCCUGGGCAGGUCUCUGCGGGAGCCACGCAAUGCUUGUGUUUGGGGAGUCCAAGGGGGAAGCCACACGGGAAGCUGAGGCAGGUGGCCUGUCCGGCUCUGCCAUGCUUUGCCAGGAAGCCGCCGGAUCCAGGAACGUUGCGAGAUGUGUGUGUAGUGGGCCGACGGAUUGGGGAGCAGGAGGACAGCAGCGCCACAGGGGAACUAGGACCAGCCGGGUCAGGAGCCCUAAAGACCAGAACCAGAACCAUUGGCCUGAAACAAACCUUUGUGUCCUUGAGGGAGGCCCAUUUGGAUCCUCUGUAGGCAGGAGGCGGCUUCAGCCUGAAGAGUUCUGUAUCACCUGUCAUUCUAUCACUGCUGCACAGUGCUAGCCAUAGUAGGCAUUCAAUAAAUAUUUGUUGAUUGA